UGCAUAUUUAAACGGAACUUCCUAACGACAACGCUAUCCGCAUCCGGCAGCGGACCAACGAAUUUCGGACGACCUCACCUGAAUCCUCUGCAAAAUUUUAAACCCGCGUUGGUCACCUGUCUUUCCACGGCCAGGACAAGCGCUUGGAUUAGUUCGUUUUAACACGAUUUUCUCCAAGUAACCGAAAUCCACCAUGUCUGUGAUACCAGGACCGAGUUACGCCGCCUGGUCCUCCCAGGGCAGCGGUUUCGGCAACCAAACAGUCGUGGACAAAGUACCCCCAGAGAUGCUCCACCUGAUCGACCCCCACUGGUACCAAUAUCCGCCCAUGAACCCUCUCUGGCACGGGAUCCUGGGAUUCGUCAUCGGAUGCCUCGGCUUCGUCUCCGUUGCCGGCAACGGCAUGGUCGUCUACAUCUUCACCACGACCAAGUCUCUUCGUACUCCAAGCAACCUCCUGGUCAUCAAUCUCGCCUUCUCUGACUUCCUCAUGAUGUUCUGCAUGUCUCCACCCAUGGUAAUAAACUGCUACUACGAGACCUGGGUCUUCGGGCCUCUAUUUUGCGAUAUUUACGCCAUGCUGGGCUCGCUCUUCGGGUGCACCUCGAUUUGGACGAUGACGAUGAUCGCCUUCGACCGUUACAACGUGAUCGUCAAGGGUCUCGCUGGAAAGCCACUGACCAUCAACGGUGCUCUCCUCAGGAUCCUGGGGAUUUGGCUCUUCUGCACCGGCUGGACCAUUGCACCCGCGCUCGGGUGGAGCCGAUACGUACCGGAAGGUAACAUGACCGCCUGCGGAACCGACUACCUCAACAAGGAUUGGCUCAGUCGCUCGUACAUCCUUGUGUACAGCUUCUACUGCUACUACUUGCCGUUCUUCCUCAUCUGCUACAGCUACUGGUUCAUCAUCCAGGCGGUGUCGGCCCACGAGAAGAACAUGCGCGAGCAGGCCAAGAAAAUGAACGUUGCUUCCCUGAGAUCGUCCGAGAAUCAGAACACCAGCGCCGAGUGCAAGUUGGCGAAGGUGGCCUUGAUGACGAUCUCUCUCUGGUUCAUGGCGUGGACCCCGUACCUGGUCAUCAACUACGCAGGCAUCUUCGAGACGAUCAAGAUCAGCCCACUUUUCACGAUCUGGGGUUCCCUCUUCGCCAAGGCGAACGCCGUCUACAACCCCAUCGUCUACGGCAUCAGCCAUCCGAAAUACCGAGCCGCCCUGUUCGCGAGGUUCCCAUCUCUCGCUUGCGGCGGCGGAGAGCCAGCUCCACAUGCGGAUGCGACGUCCACCGUUUCCGGCGUGACCACGGUCGCCGAGGGUGAGAAACCUGCGGCGUAAUAAAAUCCACCUGGCCAAGCUUCGUGACGAAUGACACCCUGAAACGCACGAAGUGAUUACCAAGAGAAACGACAAUACUCGCUAGGUUCAACGUCACCUUGAACACCGGCUGUACGUCGAACACUGCUGGCUGGACUCUACCGGUUGUGCUCACUUUCCUAACUCUUGUACAUACUGCAGUCUUGUAAAUACUUAACGAUGAAGAAAGGUCGAGGAACAUCUUCAAGGUGCCACAGGAGGAGGACGGCGUUGACGUCGUUCUGGCGCCGAGACGCGACGGACUUUCCUCAAGAUCUGGGGAUUAAACACGGUCUUGUCAAAUUGUAAUUACACUCUUCGAGGGAAGGGAACACACGCGACCGGGAAUUAAAUUGACGGGAAUAUGGGUAACCAGAAUCUGGCAAACAUUGGCAAGUUGCCUUUGCACCUUACAUAGCGGACGAUAUCCCGGUCUGCCCACUCUGGGCUUUGGGAUUCGUCUAUCACCACUAUUCGAAUCGGUUUCCGGCUCUCACGUGGAGCGAAUCGCGCGAACGGCCGUAUGGAAGGUGCAAAGUAAUUGUCUUACUUUGCAACAGGUAUUCUACUUUACCUUUAUUUAACGAAUCAACUCGGGCGACAGGAGCAUCUCUAUUUCAUUUUGUAAGCUUAAAUAAACAUGGCAAAGCAGCUUGA